UUUGUAUGCUUUCAAACAAUGUAAAAUUGGCGUAUUUUGACUAAAAAGAUUGAAAUAUCUGGAAAACGGUGUCAUUCGUGCAGCCAUAUUGGCUGGGAAUAAAAUAGUUUGUCUUACAUGAAGAACAACACCAGAAAAUUUUCCACUGCUCGCGGGUUCAAAUAUGGCUUCCAAAAAGAUAGUAUAAAUUAUCAGAUUAAAAACACCAUAAAAUGCAUCUAAAAUGUUCAGGUAUAUCUUGAUUUUAACAAAAGAAGGCAGAACGCGCUUCUCGAAGUAUUAUGUUGAUAUUGAAAGAGAGGAUAGGGUUUUAACUGAAGCAGAAAUCGGACGGAAAUGUCUGCAACGCAGAGCAGAUCAGGUUGAAUAUUUUGAAGUAUUAACCCUAAUAGUAAUGCGACCAACUUUGUUAUUUCGCCAGACUAUUUUACUCGUCAAGCGAGUUUGCGUUGCUGCUGUAAAUGUGUCCUUCGUCGCAAAUAUGUGAAAGCAUUGAGUGACUGGAUAUCAUUGAUAUGGAGAGCAGAAUGAACCGUGCGACUUUCAAAAUCAUUAAUUAAAAGACAAUGGAACAUCCACCAGGCUAUUGCCUAUUAUUGUACGCUACGUUUAUGCAAAGGCAUGAUUUACUUGGUUAGCACUUUUUUCCAUCCAGCAAACCGCCCCCUAUCGAUUUUCUAAAGUCGUUUUUUUUUAUUUUUUUUUAUUAAUUCGGUUAGGGUUAGGAGUAGGGUUUGGGUUAGUUACAUAGCCAUUUAACACCUCUUCUAUCUUCCAAAAAUGACGUCAGGUCAGUUUGCUGGAUGGAAAAUAGUGCUAACCGAUUUGGUUAUCGAGAAGAACAAUUACGGAGUGUAUUAUUAUUGUGUUAAUAAUACGUUGCGCAUUGUUCUAAAAUUUGAUUGUCUGUUUCAGUGUACGUUCAUGGAAUACAAGGAUCAUAAAAUAGUUUACAGAAGAUAUGCUUCGUUGUAUUUUGUCGCGGGAGUCGAUGUUGACGAGGUAAUCAAUAUUCCUGCAUGCGCACCUUAUUCUGUGGCGUAGUACCUUACAUAAAUUUUAGGUCAAUACAUAUUUACGAACGAAAAAGAAAUAGUAAAAAAAAUUCUAUUGCUUUUAGAAUGAACUGGCUGUAUCAGAAUUUAUCCAAAAUAUCGUAGAAACUCUCAAUAGUUAUUUUAAAAAUGUUGUAAGUACGUUAUAAUGCAAAUUAUAAUUUCAAUUCAUGGAAAUUAAUUUGUUUUGUUCCUCUAUUUCUUUUAGACUGAAAUGCACGUAUCCUUUUUUGAAAAUUUGUUCACUUUUUAAAACCAAAAGUGAGAAAAGAAAUUAAUCAUCCAUCAAGACGCAUUUUUUGCAUAGUUCGUCUUAUCGUCUACUUGAUAGUUUGGAUUACAAUAAAAAUCAGGCCAAUCACUCUGUAUUAAUACUUCAUCUUAUUUUUCUACUUCACAUUUUCCUUGACCUUACCAUCUCAGAUAAUGUGUAAUCUAGAUAAAGUUCACAUGAUUCUGGAUGAAAUGAUUAUGAACGGGGAUAUUAUUGAACCAAGAAAGAAAAAUGUCCUAGCAAUGAUGAGAGUUGUUGAUGGAAAAACCUGAAUAGUUCGAACUCAAUGUCAUCAAAAUUGUGUACAUAGCUAGUAAUGAAUAAAUAAUAUGUAAUAUAUAUCGAAAACGAGAAAGCGUUUUUCGCAGUUCUAACAAAAAAUAACACCUCAAAUUCAAGUCCUUCGGGGGCCAUUGUGAUCACUGUGAUGUUACGUCGUCGCGGAUUGGCUGUGUUAAAGUAUGUCGUCGCUGAUUGGCUACAAAAAGUGAUGUCUGCGUCCUAUGGCCUUUGACCUUCCACAGAAGCUGUUAUAUUUGCAAAAACUGCGAGUCUGAGACGUUGAACUCCGUAGAACUGUAAUGCAUAGGCAUAUAGCCGUACAUACUGAAUUGCCUUGAUGUCGCAGCAGGCGCGCUAUAAUCAAGUUAAACCAAUGUCUGUGACCAACUCCGAGUGGUUGAACUUUGAGAGGACAACCUAUAGGAGACAUCUCCAAUCACCUGCGGAUAUACGCCGUCUAAUCUCUGACAUCUCUGAGCUAGCACAUCGCGGUGUGAUAUCAAAUGCGUCGUGAUUAGUUGACAAAUACACAUCUUAUUAGCAUAAAGCGCGCGCACUAAUUAACAUGCGGCAUCUUGCAUUGUCUCUCGAGGGGGUAAUCUAAGCUAUAAAGACGGUCUUCAAAAUGAUGUCUGUGGGACUGCUAAAUAAACGUUGUCUCAGUUUGGGGUUAAGAUUUUGAAAAUUAAUUAAUUGUCUAAUACAGUAAUCCCUCUUUAAAACAGUGUCAAAUAAAUGAGAUUAGUAGUGUUUAGAUAAUCACAUGUCUGCAUCUAUUCUCGAGUUGGCAAAUUGUAGCACAAGAUUUUUACUCCUU